AUUGGUGGCAUGGAUCGUACACUUGUCGACGAACAGUCGGUAAAGAAUCGGAAGGCUUUGAAGCGAUCUAGAAACGUUGAAUCAUUUUUUGACAAACGUCUCUUGGGAAGAAUUCGAGAGUACAUAGCAAGUCACGGUGGAAAGCCUUCCAGAACAGCUGUCCCUGACAUGGCGGAAUAUCUGCAGAAAAAUUACACUGAGUAUAGUCGUAGAAAAAGACAAGCUUUCAGAAAUCUAGUACAGAGAGUGUGUUACAGUCUUGCAAAGCAAGAAGAUGAAAGUAGGCUCGAAAAGAUUGAGAACAAAUAUCUUCAGCGGCAAUUCAAGAGGCAUAGAAGUGAUGAAUCAGGAACUGUAACUCCUAUUGAACAAAUUUCUGACCUAAGUGACAGUGAUUCUAGCAUUGUUGAUGAUGCUGUUAUUGUUGUUAAGGACACAAAUAUGUUGAACAGAUCACUGGUUUCUGUAUACAAGUCAGGCUCAGAACCUCAAACUCCAUCUCAGUCUGUAGAGAUUAACAAUGAAACACUUGAUGAAAAUUCAACUGUGAGAGAGUUAAAUCAAAGUGCCUACAAUACUGGAAUAUUGGAAUCAGAUAGAAAAAUCUCAAAUAGAUCAAAACAAAAAAGACGGAAAGUGAUAAAGUCUCAAGAGGAUCAAGCAAAGAAGUCUGUUACAGGUUUGGAGCCACAUAUUAUGUUUGUGACACUUGUCAGAUGUUUUAAUUGUUUACUUUGUGAAAACUUCCAGCUUUAUAAGGCUUGUCUUAUCUUCAUUGCUUGCACUUCUGUUUUGUUGAAGUAUUCGUUUUGUGUUUCUGCAGACAUACAAACUACAAAGCCGUCUGUCACAUUUGCUGAUUUUGGUGACACCGAAAACAUUCUUGAAGAACUCACCAAGCUGCUCUUACACAUGCUUCAUCCAGAGGUGUACAAGCACUUGGGAAUAACACCUCCCAGAGGUUUUCUUCUGCAUGGUCCACCUGGCUGUGGUAAAACACUGCUGGCAAAUGCAAUUGCAGGGGAACUUGGGUUUCCAUUCAUUCGAGUAGCAGCAACAGAGCUUGUUUCUGGAGUGUCUGGAGAAUCAGAAGAGAAAAUUAGAACAUUGUUUAGUCACUCAAAAAGUCUGGCUCCUUGUAUUGUGUUUCUUGAUGAAAUUGAUGCAAUUACACCAAAGAGAGAGACUGCCUCAAAGGAUAUGGAAAGGAGAAUAGUAGCUCAGCUACUAACCUGUAUGGAUGAGCUUGAUGAGCACAGUGUGAAGACUGGGUCUCACGUGUUAGUUAUUGGUGCCACAAACCGUCCUGACAGUAUCGAUCCUGCUCUUCGUAGAGCUGGACGAUUUGAUCGUGAAAUAAGUUUAGGAAUACCAAACGAGAAAGCCAGGCAACGUAUUUUGAAGGUGCUGUGCAAAGAUCUAACUUUAAGCGAAGACUUUGAUUUUGAGUAUUUGGCAAGACAAACUCCUGGCUAUGUUGGCGCUGAUCUUAUGUCGUUGAUUCGAGAAGCAGCAGUAGUGGCUGUGAAUAGGAUCUUUAGAUGUCUGCAGGGUGAAGCAACAGAAGAAACAAAAUCUGACAAGGAAAGUCGUCUCUCUAAUCUUUUCAAAACAAAAGCAGAUCAAGAAAGUGGUGUCCAGAAGGAAGAAAAGAAUGCAUUGUCUGUAAGUCAGCUUCAAGACUGUGGUCCACUGUCUGAAGAAAGCCUUUGCAAACUAUUUAUUUCACUGGCAGAUUUUGAGGUUGCCUUAUCUGUAGUUCAGCCAUCUGCUAAACGAGAAGGAUUUGCUACAGUUCCUGAUGUCGCGUGGAAAGACGUCGGUGCUCUCAGUCACAUCAAGGAUGAACUGUCGCUGUCCAUUUUAGCACCAGUCAGGCAUGCAGACGACUUUGCUGCUCUCGGUCUUUCAUCAUCAUCUGGUGUCUUACUAGCAGGACCACCUGGCUGUGGCAAAACACUGCUUGCAAAGGCUAUUGCAAAUGAAUCUGGAAUCAACUUUAUUUCAGUGAAAGGGCCUGAACUUCUCAAUAUGUAUGUCGGGGAGUCUGAGAGGGCUGUUAGGCAAGUAUUUCAGCGGGCUCGUAAUUCAGCUCCUUGUGUCAUAUUCUUUGAUGAAAUUGAUUCCCUAUGUCCACGACGGUCACAUACAGGCGAUACUAACGUUAGUGCACGAGUUGUCAAUCAGAUGUUGACUGAAAUGGAUGGACUUGAACUGAGGAAACAUGUUUUUGUAAUAGCAGCUACAAAUCGACCUGAUAUUAUUGAUCCAGCAAUUUUGAGACCAGGACGGCUAGACAAAACUCUAUAUGUGGGUAUACCAUCUCCAGAUGAUCGAGUUGGUAUUCUAAAAGCGAUAACAAAUGAUGGCUCUAAACCUCCACUGGAGACAACAGUUGACCUCGAAAUGAUUGGUCGUGAUGAACGAUGCUCUGGCUUCUCGGGAGCUGACUUAGCUGCAUUGGUCAGAGAGGCGGCGAUGGGACUUCUUAAAGAAAAGAUGACAUCAGAGGCAAGUACAGCAGGUUCUCCUCCUCCUUCACUGUGCCUCUCACACAAGCAUUUUGAGAUUGCAUUUACAAAAGUCAAAGCAUCUGUAUCUGCCAAAGAAAGAGAGAGGUACUCUCAAAUGACACACAAGGAAGGGUUAAGAAGUUAAUCAAGGAGAUUUUUCCAAUAGAACAUAUCGACACAGCUGGAGUUAUUCAUGGCAGAAUUACUUGUUUAUCUGACAAUAUCUGUAUGGUGUUGUACAUUAAUUAAUAGAAUAGAAUAUUAUGCAUUGAGAAUUAAGACAGCAAA